AUGGCUAGUCUCACAGAUGAUGACAUCCGGGUAUCGCCAUUAUGGGAACAUAUGAAGAAGGUUCUGCUGCAAGUUGUUCAGCAGCAGCCGAGUUGUGCAUUGGAGGCGGUUGUCCCGGCAUCGCUAACUGUACAAACGGGUACCUCCGUGCCACCUCGAGUUACCACAGAAUUUGGUGACCACAGACCCAAAGUUGUGAACACCGUCCCGCCUGAUGCUUUGGAGAAUCUCCGAUGGGCCUCAAGUUUUGGGACAGCGUUGGUGCCGCCGAAGCCACGCCGUAAGCCACAAGAAGAUGAGGAAGACAUGAUUCCGGAAGACAUCGAGGAGGAGGAGGAGGAAGUGCUCGGAGAGGUUGGGGACGUGGUGGCAGAGCAGGCGAUAUUUAAUUCGGUUGGCGAGGGUUUACCUCCUGAAGAGGCCUUCCGACUAGUUGUUGGCAUGAAGCAGCUGAUGCGCACGGAGCCGCUUGCAAACGUACGCUUCUGGGGUAAAUUUUACGGCAGCGUUGGGGAUUAUUACAUCGUGGAGACGAAGAUUGACCCCAACCGUAUCCCUGAGGAGGGUGAUGAGGACGGGUUCGAUGAGGUGGAUGAGGAGGAGGACGGUGAGCCAGUCGAGAAUAUUGCCGAUGUAUUGUUUGCCCAUGGGCCUAAGGCUCAUGCCGACACCGGCGUGGAAUCUUCGGGAACCGGUUUGAACGAGUUUGUAUACUAUGCUGCCAACACCACUGACCCUACACGAUGGGCUCGGCUUCCUGACGUGACCCCAACACAAAUCAUCGCCGCCCGUCUUAUCCGCCGCGGGUUCACAGGUGAUCUAGAGGCCACUGUUGACACACACCCGCGGUUCCCUGGCUGCGAGAAACACUAUGUUCGUGCUCAGAUCGCCCGCAUCAACUGCACUUGCAGAGUUGCGCCAAUUGAUAUGUACACAACGGAGGGUGCCGUACCGGUUGAAGAGGAUGAAGACGGCAACUUGCUGCCUCCGCCGGCUACCGUACCGGCGUACUCCGUGCUUCCCCCUUUAAUUCCGCAGGAAGUUCCUGAUGAGGAGGAUGCCGAAGCUAUUGAGCCCGUGAAGUCAUGGUUUUAUGGUUACCGUGACGAUGAGUUGCUUCAGGGAAAAUAUUGGGUUCACAUCGCGCCCACAUUACUUCUGAAUGGUCGCACUGUUGCAUCUGAGCAGGAGACGGCUGGCGACGAUGAUGGGAGAGGAGGGGAGGUUGACCACAGUGAGAAGAUUCAUCCAUUUCUGUGUGAGGUGAGUCGUGAUGAACCCCUGCGAUACACGUGUCACAGUCGUAGCCAACUCCCUGCAUGGUCUUUCCGCAAAGCAUUUCACGAUGAAAGCAGUAAGAAGCGAACAUACGUAGCCCGCUCAUGUCUGUGGCCUGGCGCCUACACAUAUGUUGUUACGGAGCUGGGGAAGCCUGGUAGUAGUUUCCAGAGCGUUUAUAUUGGUUCUGGAUUGAAGAGUCUGCAGGGUGUCAAUUACGCCCCGAAACUUCCCCCGCGCUGCCUUGUCGAGUACCCGGAGGUCGAUUUGCUCCUACAGCGCGAUGGCACGUUGGAUGAUGAGCUCGAAUAUGCACCACCACCACCAAAGCCUGAAGAUGCUGGGGAAGAUGAAGAAGAAUAUGAUUAG